UUUUCAAUUCCAAGCUGUGCAACAUUUUUGAAGAGCUGACAUUCAACAAAACAAAAGGAAGAGAAAAAAAGACAAAUAGUUGAAAAAAGAAGCCGCAGCGAAAAAGACGAAAAGCCAGAAGAGAAGAGAGAAGAAGUGAAGAGACGAGAGCAGGACGAAACGAUGAGCGCGCUUCCUGCCACCCGCUCCUUCACUAGCACUGCGACUACUACUGCUGCUACUACUAGCAAGCGCACGAGCAGCAGCAUCGCCCGUCGUGGUGGUGGUUGUGGUGGUUGUGGUGCCCGCUCGUCCCACCACCGCUCCACUCUCCUUGUUCUGCUCGCUAUUGCUGCUGCCGCUGCCCUGCCCGCUGCCCACGCCGCCAACAACAUCAACGUCGCCGCUGCGUGGACCAAGCUCACUUCAUCCGCACCUGGCUUUGCAAAGAGCGUCGCCAUCACUGAACGACCCAACGAGGACUUGGACAUUGGCAUCGAACCGCUCGUCAUUGCGGGCGCGCCGGACGCCAACUCAUUCGCCGGACAGGCCUACUUGUUCCAAAUCCACCGCGAUGUGAUUGGGUUUGCCCCAAAGUUCACCAGCCUGGGCAGUUAUGCCGGCACGACGGACGAUCCCGUCAGCCUGUCAUACAAUGGAAACGCCACUGGCGGCCUGGCCUCGGGCACGCCGAUGGGCGCUGGCAUGGGCUUUUACAUUGGCACUGGCAACAUCACUUCGGGCGCGGACAAUCUGAACGUGCUGCUUGGCGCCCAAGCGGCCGAAGAGGAAGUUGUCUCUGACAUUUCGAUUGUGGAAGGGUUUGAAGCGUGCAGCAGUCCUCCGUGCGGCUCUGUCGUCCAGCUCCCGAUCAAGUACCGCGCUGGCCAGCUGCUGGCAACCACCGUCCAGCAGCAAACCGGCUGGCGCGCCGCUGGUGCGUUUUUCAGCACCUUGCCGCCGGAUGCAGAGUUUUGCCACGAGCCCUUCCCUGGCCUCAUGUCUGAGCCGUCGCUCUUGCGCACCUAUGGCGCGCGUCCGCGCUCGUCCUGUGUCUCCCAGCUCGGCUCCUCGCUUGCGCUGGGCCGUGUCUGGAAUCCUAGCCAUUCGGCCGACUUUGCCUCCGACAAUUCGGAAAUCAUUGCCGGUGCGCCCAUGUCCAACCGCGUCAUUGUCUUUUCGCUGCCGCCUGGCAACACACCAGGACCCGUGACCUCGACCGUCAUUUCUCCCGUGGCAGCAGUCGCCCUUGCAUCCUUCUCCACGUCGUCCUCCAUCUCGAACGUUGCACGCGCUGCCCUCGAGUGGGGAUCGCUGUUUGGAAACAGCGUGGCGUCUGGCGGCUCGCUCAACGGCGAUCAGUGGGACGAUGUGGCGAUCGGCAGCGUGCGCCGCUCCGAUACCUACCGGCAGCGCGCCUUUGUCGGGUCCGUGUCCGUGUACGCGGCCGUGCGUGACGGUCAAUCCCCUCAGCGGCUCGCCUUCUCGCCGCAGCCCUUCUUUGAGGUGUUUGGCAGCCACACUGGCUCGUACUUUGGCUGGCAAGUGCUGAUUGCGAACGUCAUCACCACGCGCUUCACCCCGACCCAGGGCCUGCCAGACUUGCUCGUCAGCGCCCCGAUGGAAAGCAUCACCCUGCCCGAUGGGACUCUCCUGCCCGACGUCGGCUGUGUGUACAUUUUCGUUGGCUCUGGCCAACCCACGGGCCCGUUCCAGCCUUACUCGCAGCGCAUCUGCGGUCGGCAAACGGGCGAGCGCUUUGGCUACACGAUUGCGACCAUUGGCGACAUUAACGCUGACGGCGUCACCGACUUUGCCGUCGGCGCGCCGCGGUACGAUGCAAACGCUACGCUCUUGGACGUGGGCUGCCUCCACGUCUUCCUUGGCGGCGUCAUUCGGGUGAGCUCGGUCGCUGAUCAAAUCAUUUGCGGUUACGCUGCAGGCGCCACGCUCGGCACCGCGUUUGCGGGCGGUAUCGACUUGACCAAGGACUUUAUCUCCCCUCCCUAUCCAGACUUGCUGGUGGGCAGCCCUGGUCAGCAGGAGGUCCUUGUGCUCCAGUCGCGCGCUGUUUCCAGGCUGACCAUCUCUGGCUCUGCCAAUCGCCUGUCUGUCAUUCCUGGGCAAACCGCCACCUUCACGUUUUGCGUGGCCAACCAAGGGCCCUCCGACGCGAUUGGUGUGCUCGUGGCGCCGCGGUACAACUACACUUGUGGCGCUUGCAGCGUUCCCUCCACGCCGCUCGUCACGAUGCCAACCAUCGCUGCCGGCACCAUGGCUUGCUCGAGUGUGACGACGCUUGCUGCCGUGACUGGCUGCUGCAACUUGGAGGCUUCCAGCGAAAUUGUCCAAAUCUCUCAGGGUCCCUUCGACACGCCGCAAACGCUCGCCGCCGAUUCCGUCGUCGCCUUGGCUCGCCCGUUGACUGUCUACGUGUGCCCGACUGCCACACCAGCUUGCGGCUACAACAUUGCCAUUGCCAACCCCACCGUGUCGCCCGCAGCUGGGCUCAAGCUGGGCAGCCCUUUCACCGUGUCGGUUUCUGCUCAGCUGGUCGAUACCAGCGCCACCACCAAUGGCGUCAAGCUGACUUUCAAUGUCCUUGAAGGCAUGCGACUCGAUUUGCAGUCGAGCCUGCUGCAAGGCAUUCCCUGCGUCGCGCAGCCCGCCAACAUGCUCGCCCAAACUGCUUUGCGCUCGAUUCGCUCUGGCAGCACAGUCUCCUAUCCGUCCUACACUUCAGACCCGACGUACAGCCGCUUUGCUUCGGCCUGGACGGAAGUGACAUGCUACCUGGAUUCCGUCCUGGCCUCGACGCGCACGGUGGUUCCCCUGUUGUUGGUGUUUGAUACAAGGCUGGUCGCGCCAUUUGCCAGUUCGUUUGAUAUGCGGAUGGUCCUGUCCGCUAGCACGCCCGACACUGUGCCCGCCAACAACAACGUGACUGUGCCUGUGACUGUCCUUGGGCCCAAGGUCCAGGUCACUGCCCACUCGGACCAGGGCCAAGUGGUUGAAAACUACCCCUUCACCAUCACAACGCGUCUGUACAAUGCUGGUGGACAGGAAGCGCGCAACCUUGUGCUGUCGGUCGUCUUCCCGUUCUACGCCGCUCGAUUGAUUGCCAUUCCCUCGACGCACGGCAGUUGCGAGGUCGACGCCUUCCAGCGCAGCGCUCCGCUUUCCGGUGUGCAGCCGGCUGGUGGCGAUGUGCCGUUUAUUUGCACGCUUCGCCGGCUCGCGCCAGGUGAAACGGUUUUGCUGCCGAUCGUUGGUGCCUACAAUCUCACCGCCACCACCGACACCACUCUGCCGUUUUCAGUGUCCCUCGUGUACGGCGGCCAGACCGCCCCGCUCCACUCGUCCACCACCAUCCGAGCAACCUUCAACAAGCAGUAUGCGUCUGCUGCGCGCCAGCGCAACACGGAUGCUGUCGCAUGGGGCACCUUUGUUGGCUUGCUGAUUGGCUUGGUGGUCCUGCUCGUCAUCUUUGCCAUCGUCAUCUACUUUGAGCUGUUGCGGUCCACCAGAGCGCCUCCGCCGUGGGACCAGCUCCGCGACGCCUACGAAAAGAGCGGCGCUCUCAAGAGCAUGCCUUCCUUCCUGCGCAAGACGACCCCCAAGACCCAGGAGGAGGUGCUCGAAGAAGAGCGCGCCAAGUGGGAAGCGCGCGAGGCCCGCCGCAAGAACGAUGCCGAGCGCGCCGAGAUGGAAAAGACCGAGAAGGCGCGUAUCAAGGAGGCCGAGCGCAAAGUCCGCGAGGCCGAGCGAAAGCUGCAAGGCACCGCCAAACGAAACAAGCCCAGCGCCUUCUUUGAACGCCUCCGCAGCGCUGCGCAAGCUGCUCCCACAGCCCCUCCUGCUACUACUCGAGCGCCCGCUCGCCGCCGUGCUUCUUGGGGCGGCCCUGCACCCUGGCCGCAGCCUCCAGUCAAGGAGCACCCUUCUGGAGCCCAAACUCUCAGCUGUCUGCCAAACUUGGGCAAGGGCAGCAAGGCGGAGCUGAAGAAGGCGAAGGCCUUGUGGGCGGACGAUGUCGCGCGUGUUCGUGCCGAGCGUGCCGCGGGUCCAGCUGCCUCCUCAUCGAGUCUGGCUGUACCCAUGUCCCGGGAAGAGGCAAAGAAGGUGUACGAAGGGUCAGUGUCGCGAAACCAGCUUGGUAUGCUGUCGCCCGACGAGAUUGCUGCUCUUGCAGCCUAUGGUUUCCUUGACGCCGCGAUGGCGGCCCAGCUCACGCAACGAGCCCGGCCUCAAGCCGCGCGCCACACGAGUCUGGCUGAGAUCAAGCUGGUCAAGCAGGCGGCUCCUGCCGCACCCCCGCUUGCUCCCGCAAUCUCCGGCUCGGUUCCCUCCAUUUCUGUGGACAGCGACGAGCUGCCACUGAUGGCCUCGGCGACCGCUUUUACUCCAGAGGAAAUUGAUUCGCUUCCAAAGCCACCCCCGCAACACGAGUUGUAUGCUGAGGAGGCGUCGUCUGCAGCUUCUUUGGCCGAGGCCGCUUCCGCUGCUGAACAGGAGGCUGCGGCAGUGUCUGCUGACGAGGCCAGUACACCUGUGAGUGUUCCGAGCAACGAUUCCGUGCUAGUCCCGAUCGAUGGCGAGGAGUCCAACGGCGCUGGCGGCGAGACUCUCGCAACAGACCCGCCAGCUGAUGCUCCCCCGCCGCCACCCCCGCUGCCGUUGCCGCCCACGACCGACCUUCCGGCUCCGAUCCAGGCGCCUGACGAGGAGCCUCCGCCACCACCUGCCCCAACUGCUCCUCCAGCGCCCGUCGCACGACCUCCGCAUCCCGUCCUAGUGGCGCAGGUCAGCGCGCGUCAACUCACGCCCGCACCACUGUCGCCGCCAGGCGAUGCUCGGAACUACGACAGUGACGAUGAUGGCACUUUUAUCUAAAGAGAGAGGAGCCGAGUGUUAAUGUUACGAUACAUGCUGUUGUUUUAUUGCGUUUGUUAUUCCUGUUGAUGAUGAUGAUGCUUCCAUGAUUUUGUUUUCUUGUUCUUUUGCUCUUUCUGUCAGUUUUUUUUUGGCCUUUGUUACUGAGCGAUUGUUCUUUUGCUGUCUUGUUAUGAUGCUGUGUAUGAUGUCCUGCUUUUGCUAGUGUUGAAAUCGACAAUUCUAGUGAUCCUCUCACGACUUCAAUCAACAA